CCUCUUUAGGGGGAAAUGAUAAGGUCCUUACUUGCCAAUGCAUACCAGCCUCAUAUUUUGCAAUCUGUCAGUCUCAUGAAACCCAUAAUCUCCAACUCUCUCACCAUAAUCACCUCAAAACCACCCAAAUAAUUCUUCUCCUCUUUCCUAAUAGUAGAAAAUAGUAAAAACAAGCUACUCACAAAUGGGAUGUCAGCUGCACUCCUCAAAUCCCCAGCUACUUAGCAGAUUACCCAUAAAGAGACCAACACAAUUACCCUCAUUUUCUUCAGUUCAACCGAAGCUGAGAAUCCAAACAGCAAUCUUAUCUUCCUCCACCACAAGUACAAUGACCCAAAGGGAAGUACCAGAAACUGAUGCGUCCAGUGUUAAAUUCAAGACACUGGGUGGCUGCAAGCUUGGAAUAUCAAGGUAUCCAGACUUCGAAUACAAUGCUGAUGGGGGUAAAGGGACUGGGCGCAAAAUAGGCGAUGACGACUCAAAUGGUGAAUUUUCUAUUGGUUUUGAUGUCAAAAGACUCUACAUUCCUCCGUUGAUGAGUACAACAACUAGGUUCUUGGGAUUGCCAUUACCGCCGUUCCUGAAAAUUGACAUUGUUCCUGAGCUUUUUGAAGGGAUCAUCAACCGAAAAUCUGGCAAGGUCGAUCUUCAAUUCAAGGCAAAGUUCUGGUUUUCCAUCGGGAGUAUCUAUAAAGCCCCACCCCUUAUGGUGGAGACAGUGUUGACAUCAGAGGAGUCAAAGGGGACAUUGAGAAGUGGGAGAGGGGAGAGGUUGAAUGAAGAAGGGAAGUGCAGGUUGGUGGGAGUGGCAACCGUCGAACCCAUUGAUGAUUUCCUUAUGGACUCCUUCCUUGGCCUUCCUACGGAAUGUCUUGCCAUCCUGAAUGCCACAAUCUCCUUCUCUAGUUCUUAAAUAGCUUCAACAUACCGUAUAUACCACUUCAAAUCUUGCUCGAUCGCUUUAAUUGGGAAAGAGAAAGGAAUGUAUAAGAUGGAGGACAUGCCCUACAUUGUACCAGAAUGGCGAGAAGAAAUACACCGCAGACAAGUUUAUGGUACUUGAAGACGGUGUUUGGAUCAAUGGUUUGUAGAGCGACUUAUGGAAGGAAAGAAAAGAAGCUUGUCAUUUCCUUUCCCUUGGUAAAUCCCACAAAAGAUUGAUGAUCCAAACACAGCGUAGAGGUACUAUGAGUUGAGUUCAUCUGUAGUGGACAAAAAGCAUAGAUGCCAGAAAAUUUUCUGAAAAUUACGACUAUGGGUUGUUUGAAAAAGUUACAAGACCUUGUUACUUUGGAAGUUCCUAUAGAAUCACUAUCUGAUUAUUGUUGUCUAAAUGACAGAAGGAGAACAACUGAAAGAAUCCUACAUCCUCCUUAGCUGGAAAUCUGCUUUCGAUAUUUGAACCUCUCGUUUCAAUCCUUAGUAAACGAUAUCUGAAUCAUUUUAUACAUAUUUCUGUUAGGAUGUUUUACAACCAAAUAUGAUAAAAACACAACUUAACAGCU